AUGCGUCACUCUCGAGCUCUUGUUCUGCAAGUGAGCCAGUGCGUGGGCGUGGGCGUGGACGUAGGCGUCUGUGUGGGCAUGCAGUUUCCUACCAGGCGUCGGGAUGGAGGUAUUGAGAAAGCCGGGAAGGGCAGCCGUGUUGUGGAGGACAAUCGGUGUGCUUCUAAGGUGGCAGAGCGGAGGUCCGAAAAGGGUGUCAGACCCCUUGGAACUAGAAAAUCUGGCACUUAUAGCAGCCAGUGUGGGUGUGGGGAACCAAGUCUACACAUGAAGAGAAACUUGCAAGCUAGGUUUCCCCUGAUGGUGUGCACAACUCACAGUUUCCUCUUUGGAGCCCUGGCUGAGCUGCUGGACAAUGCAAGAGAUGCCGGGGCUUUGCGACUUGAUGUUUUUUCAGUGGAGGAUGAGACACUGCAGGGAGGAUUCAUGUUGUCUUUCCUGGAUGAUGGAUGCGGCCUGAGUCCUGAUGAAGUCCCAGACAUCAUUUACUUUGGAACAUCCAAGAAACGGUUAUCAACCUUGAAGUUCAUCGGACAAUAUGGCAAUGGGCUUAAGAGCGGGUCCAUGAGGAUUGGCAAAGACUUUAUUCUUUUCACAAAGAAGGAAGAGACCAUGACCUGCCUGUUCUUUUCUCAGACUUUCUGUGAAGAAGAAGGUCUCACCGAGGUUGUAGUUCCAAUACCUUCAUGGUCAACAAGAACAAGAGAGAGUGUCACAGACAACCCCCAGAAGUUCUUCACAGAGUUAUCCAUCAUUUAUAAAUACUCCCCAUUCAAAACUGAAGCUAAAUUGAUGGAACAAUUUGAUAUGAUCUAUGGGAGAUGUGGAACUUUGCUGGUUAUUUAUAACAUGAAACUUUUGCUUAGUGGAGAACCAGAGUUGGAUGUUAAAACUGACAAAGAAGAUAUACUGAUGGCCGAGGCUCUGGAGGAACUUCCAGAGAGACGGUCUUUCCGAGCCUACACAGCUGUUCUGUAUUGUGAUCCUCGAAUGAGAAUAUUUAUCCAAGCCAAAAGAGUUCAGACAAAGCACUUGUGUUACUCCCUUUACAAACCCAGAAAGUACCAGUAUGCUACAUCUUCUUUCAAAGGGAAGUUUAAAACUGAAGCUAAAGAGGCAGAAGAGGCAGCAAAAAUGGCGGAACUCAGGUUUCAAGAGCACCAAGUCAAAGUACACCAGCCCAACAGAAUUUCUUUGUCUUCUGAAAAGGAUGGAUUACAGAAUGCUGGGGAAGAUGUGGAAACAAAACAUAAAAACCUUCCACAGAAACAGAGGGCGUUGAGGAAAACAAGAAUACUCUCCUUGUUCUUCGGAGUGCACAUAGAAGACCAGAACCAAGCUGGAAUGUUCAUUUACAGUAAUAACCGGCUGAUUAAAAUGCACGAGAAGGUUGGUCCCCAGCUGAAAAUGAAGUCCUUACUUGGCGCAGGUGUGAUUGGAAUUGUGAACAUUCCCUUGGAGGUCAUGGAACCAUCCCAUAACAAACAAGAAUUCCUCAAUGUCCAAAAAUACAACCAUCUACUAAAAGUCAUGGGACAGUACUUGGUCCAGUACUGUAAGGACACCGGGAUCAGUAAUAGAAAUUUAGCAGUGUUUUGGGACGAGUUCAAAUACCAACACAGCAAAGACAUGGACAGGUCUGUAGAGUCUCUCCUGUGCCGAAGAAGACAAGCCAUGGCGAUCCCAUUCAUCCUACAGUGUGAUCUUUGUCUCAAAUGGAGAGUCCUGCCUUCUCCUUCUAAUUACCACGAAGAAUUCCCUGACAUGUGGAUUUGUGCUAAUAAUCCCAACAACCUGGAAAACAGCUGUAAUCAGCCAGAGCACCUGCCUUCUAUCCCACUGGGCACCAUGAGCAGAAGACCACCAUCAAAAGAUGAGAAAGAGAAGCAACUGCAAGAGUCGGUGCAGAGGUACCAGAACAGGCUAGCGGAAGCACAGCCCCAGACGCCUCAGCUUAUCGCAAUGAAUAGAAUCCCUGAGUUCAAGUCCUCCUGCCUUUCUACAGCACCCAAGGAAAAAUCCAAACUUGGGAGAAUUGGGCCUGCGGUGGUAGACCUAAUCCAAGGCUCUCCUCCAUCAUCUGUCCAGCAUUUGUCCAGCCAAAGAGGCCGAAAGAGAAGCCUGGAGGAUACGGACUCUGACGUGGAGUUUGUCUGCAAGACUAGGAUUCUGAAGAGGACCGUGAAGGAGAAAGUGCAACCCCAGCAGCAGAGUUGUGCACCAGCUCUGCCGGGAAACGUCAAGCUUGUGGAGUCAUCCCAGGUCUCUUCAUGGGAAACAAAAAAGAGGCAGAGUGAAAACCUCAUGCAGAGAUACAAAGCAUCCACUGACGAUCAAACUGGCAGUAGCGAUCCAGCCGUAAUCCUGGUUUGGAGUAAAACGAGUGCCGAGGACUCACUGAAACAAGAAGGAGCGGAAGCGCCUCUCGCAAAAACAGAAAAACAAGAGCUGCGUGAUGAUACUCUGGUAAUGAAAAGCAAGCCUGCAGCGCCUAACUGGGAAAGUACCAGCUUGCCCGGGGUGCAAAUGGAAGACUUACAUCCAUGCUCUGGACACAAAGUCAGCUCUGUGGAUGGUGAUCGUCAGCUUUCUCCUCUGAUGCCGUCUCAAAGCACAUCUACCAAGGAAACAGCAAGGAAGCUAAUGUCUAAGUUAAGGGAGAUUCUUCUGUAUUUCGUUCCUGAGUUUCAACUGUCAUCAGAAUUCGAGUGCACAUCUGUGGAAGAACUCAUAACAAAUCCCAAGCUGGAGCGAUGCCCAGAGAGCACAAACGAAAAGCUCAAAACCUGUUUCAACAAGAUACAGAAUAUCUACAUGGUCCAAUAUGAGAAAAGGCUCAAGAGAAAAAUGCAGUCCAUUAUCUAUGAGACAAACAGAAGAGGGAUACUUAAUGAAGUUUUUCUGGAGCAGUGUGAGCUGAAAAGGAAAAGGACCGAGGGUAAACUCAAUGACCUUCGUGCAAAGCUGGCAUUGCUGCUGCAGAAACUUCAACUGGGUGGUCCAGAGGGAGGCCUUGAGCAGAUUGAUGCCUACUUAGAAGCUUUGCUGAAAGAAGAUCAUCUGACCACUUUAAACGGAAGAGCUCUAGAGUCAGGGCAAGCGAAAGAUACAGAAGCGUGAAAGGAUGUCUCAAAAGUCAGGAGAGGUGUUUCUUUUUAAAACUGCUGAUAAGAAAGCUGGAGAAACCUUUUAGAGAACAUCCCCUUCUUAUUGCUACUGUAAAAUUUAGCCCAGCUCUACAAAGCUUUGUGUGUUUUGAGACAGGGACUGAUUUGCUACUCAAGGUUUCCCUCGUGCGGUUUCCUAACUCUUCUCAUUCUACCAGCAGUCUUUUCAAGAGUUGUCCAGAAAAGUUUUCUAGAGCUUCCCUCUGAGCUGUAGAAAAAGAGAAACUGCCACUUAAGUUUAAAUUUUGCUUUAAUUGGAUUUUGAUAUGUUUUUAUGCUAAUUUUGUUAUUUAGGUAGAGUAAUAGGAUAGUCAUUGUAAGUAUAAUAUACACAUAUUGUAGUGUGUAAGAAUUGUAUUUUUACAUGUUUAUGUAUUACAGAAGGGUUUUACGUUUUACUCACUGGUUGUUUUGUUUGAUUAGAAAUAUCUGCUUCUUUGGAAAGCACAAGAAAGCAUUAAACAUUCGUUUGUGGAAUUGUGUCUUCAUUUAUGUGGUGUACCUCCUAUAGCAUUUGGAACAUGUGAGGGGCCUCUAGUGAAGCCGUCAUCUGAUUUGUGUUGUAAACUGUUGUUUAGUCUUUCAAGAGCCUGCUCCUGCCAGUUUUCCUACUAAAAUUCUACAUUGGCGUGUUUUAUCAAUUACUGGUGAGUCUAUUACCAUUCAAUGUUUAGAAACCAUACCGGUAAACCAUUAAACAGCUGAAAACAUGGAUGUAGUAAUAUUCAAAAGAUGUUACAUUUCCCACUCAAAAUACCUUUCAUGAUUAUUUUACAUCAUAUAUUAUUACAUAUAAUUUAUUUUUAAAUUACUUCUCUUAUACUUUCAGCAACUUUUAAUAUAUUUGAAAAUCUUUGAUUUUUAUAGAAUUUAUUUGAAUACAAGAUAUAAGAAAUCACACAGCUAUAUUUCCACAUAUUUUCAUAUGUAUGAGCUGAGACUAAAAGAUAUUUUCUCUUUAAUGGUUUCUUAUUAUUUAUUUCUCAGAAAUACUAAAAUUUAUUUAGCCAUUCCCCAUCAGUAGAUGUUUGAGUUUGUUAUCUGUGAAGCAGAGGUUUGCCCAUUGAAUUAAUGUAUACAUAUGAGUCACUAUCCUGAAAAAAAAUUAUUAGUUUCACUCAUGUGUAGUUGUAGUUGUCAAAUAUCCUAAAGUAUUUUUUUUGUUCAAGGAAUUUAUGAUGGUUAAUCUUCAUUGUCAUCUUGACUAUGUUUGAAACCACCUGGCAAACACACCUCUGAGUUUGCCAGAGUAGAUACUACCAGAGAGGUUUAACUGAAGAAAGACUCACCUUGAAUGUUGGUGGCACUGUCCCCUAGAGUAGGGUCCCAAGUUGACUGAACCAGGACAGAUACAGCCAGCUGAGCAAGAGCAUUCAUAGGCCUCUACUUCCUGAUUGCAGAGGUGGGGAGCAUGUUCCUUCAGUUCUCUAGCACGCUGAGCUGUGCCCCCUCCAAACUGUGAGCCAAAGCAGGUCAUUUAUUCCUUACGUUAGUUUUGUCAAAUAUUUUGCCAGGGCAAUGACAAAAGUAAUUUAACAGCUAUCAUCUAAUAGCAUUCUGAGAAAUGAAUUAAUAUACAUAUGUUCCUCAUCGCUCUAUAACGUGUGAGCCCUUCUGACUUCACAGCUUCACUGCAUGAUCAGCCUGUGCUUCCUGAUCAAAUAAAAAAUUGU